UUUGCCCCAGAACUGAUUUUUUAUUAUGCGCUCUGGCAUGCCUCUUUAGGACAUAGCUAGAUAUUUCCUAGAUUGUUACCAUUGCGCCACAACACUGCCACAAAAUGGCCAAAAGAGGAAAAAACAGCAGAAGAAGCAGAAGAAGCAGAGGAAGCAAACCAAAGAAGUAGCAGCAGAAGCAGGAAACAAGAACCUAAACGUCUUUUGUUAUCCAGCUAGAACUUUGGUGGUGCUGUUGGUGCGUGCUAUGGCUGCUCUUCUGUGGAGGGCUUUUCCUUUGUUGCGAGGCAUGGAAAGACAUUGCAUUAAGAGCACCCUCAUUGAUUGAUUCUCGAGUGCUCUAUUUAUAUCGAGAGAUAUCCUGUGUGAGUGUUGAACCUUUUUGGGAAGUGCCCAGUAGUAGAAUGACAGCAGUUCGAAGAUAUUUAUCAACAAUGGCAUCCCAGAAAUUCAGUCUACAAGAAUCGCAAAAGAUCAUCGAUUUUUUAUCCAAUUACACUCCCUGCGAUGUGUCUGAUGCCUUGGUUAAAUAUGGUGUUAAAAAUGGAGGGUACUUCCCCAAUUUGGUUCAGAGAUCACCUACUGAAACCAAUCGCAAAACUGUUGUUGGAUUGGCCUAUACUGUAUUAUAUGCUCCAUUGGAUGAUCCAAGACCUGCUGUUAAGACCAAUUAUAUCGAUUCAGUCUCAAAGAAUUCGAUUGUAACCAUUGCUUUAGAUAAAUCUCUUCAAGUUCCCACAGCUCCAUUCACCAAAUGUAACAAUGCACUUUACGGAGGAUUAAUGUCAACUAGGGCCAAAUAUUUAAAGGCGAAUGGUUCGGUUAUCUUUGGCAGAAUCAGGGAUAUAAACGAACAUUUAAAUUUGAAUUAUCCAGUUUUCUCAUAUGGAUUGGGAUCAACAGCACCAAAGCCAGUAGUUAAAGUGGUUGAAAUUCAAAAAAAUUUAGAUAUCUUGGUAUCAAAUUAUCCCGAUGAUACAGUUCAAACAAUUAAUUCAAACGAUAUAAUUAUUGCUGAUCAAAAUGGAGUUGUUUGUUUACCAGCUAAUGACGAGGUUUUAUUAAAUAAAGUAUUGAAUUAUAUUCCUAAAAGAGUUGAAGCAGAUGAAUUAGUAGCUGAAGAUAUUAAGAAUGGUGUUGCUGCUGGAGUAGCUCAAAAGGCCCGUAGAGGCGCUAUCAAAUUAGACGAUAAUUAAUUAAAAUAUAUAGAUUAAAAAUAAAUAAAUAGAUAAAUUAGUAAAAAUAACAAAAACCAAAAAA